CUCCCCCCUCGCCGUCUCUCCCUUAAUCCCAUUUGCCAUUGUACAUGCCCAAUCGCCAAUACUUUCCGCAUUUAACUUGGAUGACAUUUUUAUUUCAUCAUUAGCAUCAGACGCCAGACUGACUGACACGGUGGACACUGUUUUGACGGAAGAGCCCGGAAUGAGACAGCUCCACGUUUACCUGUUUUAUUUAUUUAUUUUUUACUUUUCAAAUACCUUUCUAGAAGGAGUCGUGUUUUGACGCGCCAUUGAGUGCCAAUCGAGUUUCCGCGUUAGAAAGUAUUCACAAGAAAAAGAAGAAAACACAGGGACUCCUCGCAGACCGGAUAUCGACCGUCUCUAGAAGUCAGCGUUGUCUUUUUCUUUUUCCUUUUCAAAUCCCCGUUCCCGUGCUCCUCUGCGCUCAGACCACAACUACAGCGAUGCCAGAGACAACGCCAGAAACUUGCGCUCCGGCCAAGGACUCGCCUUUCUUCAUCAAGAACCUGCUGAACUGUGACAGCAAACCGUCCAAGCCCAAGCCCGCGCUGGCUGCCGCCAGGGCGGCCCUGGAAGGAGGAUUUUCCCUUUCUCAGGUCGGGGACUUGCACUUCCCACGCUUUGACCUGCCCGCACAGAGGUUCAGUCUACCGGCUCACUACUUGGAGCGCACCUCGGCGUGGUGGUACCCCUACACCCUCGGCGCAUCCGCGCACCUACACAGAACCGACGUCACCGGGAAACCAGGAGCCAGAGACUCCUCUCCAACCUCGGGCACGGACAGGGACUCCCCGGACCUGGUGCUCAAAUCCGAGCCCGACGCCAAAGACGACGACGAGGACGACGAGCACAACAACAGCAAAAGCGGCGACGAGAUCAUCCUGGAGGAGAGCGAAACGGAAGAGGCCAAAAAAGACGAGCUGGAGGAGUGGAAGAAGAGGGACGACGACAAGAAGCCGUGCCGCAAGAAGAAGACGCGCACGGUUUUCUCCCGGAGCCAGGUGUUUCAGCUGGAGUCCACCUUCGACAUGAAGCGCUACCUGAGCAGCUCGGAGAGGGCAGGCCUGGCCGCGUCCCUCCACCUGACGGAGACGCAGGUGAAGAUCUGGUUCCAGAACCGGAGGAACAAGUGGAAAAGGCAGCUGGCGGCGGAGCUGGAGGCCGCCAACCUGAGCCACGCCGCGGCGCAGAGGAUAGUCCGCGUGCCCAUCCUCUAUCACGAGAACUCGUCCUCGGAGGGCGGAGGCGCCGCUGCCAACGUGCCCGUGAGCCAACCGCUGCUUACCUUCCCGCACCCCGGCGUCUACUACUCUCAUCCCAUCGUCACAUCCGUGCCACUGCUCAGACCGGUUUGAAGCAAGCUCCAAUUUGCAGCACAGUUCCAACAUCCAGUAAAAAAACAAACUUUUUGUACAAAUGACAUAUUUAAAAGAACGAUAACCCCCUCCCAAAAAAAAACAACCCAACUGACAUUGUCAAGCCUACGUGGACCUAUUUUGGUAGAUAUAGAUUACGUCAUUUUUCAUAAGGGUGCCGUUUACAAGUGAUUUGAACAUUCAAAUCUCAUGUUUAUAUUAUUAUUAUUAUUAUUAUUAUUAUUAUUAUUAUUAUUAUUAUUAUUAUUAUAUGAAAUGGGGAUCCACCUGCUCAAACCAUGCACCAUGUUUACAAAAUAUACCGGCGCUGGCCUGCUAAUCAAGCAACACACGUGUAUGAUUUUUGUUCACAUUUCCAGAACUGAUAACUCGAUGAAGUGCAAUACACUGACGGUGUGCUGUGAAUGAAUGAAUCCACUGAACAGGGGGAGAACGUUGUGUUUUGCCAUCUGUUCUCGGUGGAACACAUUGCGACGCUGGGUUGUAAUAUUUCCCUUUCGUUUUUGUUUUUUUGCUGUUUGAAGCGUUUGACGGGGACAAUCAAGACACUGUAAAAUGCCCACGUAGCUCUAUGUUUAGUUGUAGUGAUUCUCACUCCACCAUGGACACGUCCUUCAAGCACAAGUGUGAGCUCCAGUGUCUGCUUGAUCUACUCUGUGGUUUUGAACAGGAGCGCAAAAAUGUCGACUUGUACAGUCGCGGUGUCGUCGAUUUUUGCUGUACAAAAUAUGUAAAUGUAUAUAUUUAAUGAGGCGCUGCGGGAGAAGAGCUGCCACCUGCGGCUUCUCUGUUGUACAGUUAAAACAAAAACGUUUUUGAUAUUGUAUUGCUGAACCAUCUUGUGAAAUAAAUGGAAAAUACAUAUUCCUUACAUUUCAAGACAUUUUUGUACGACUUGCUUCUGUGGUGCCAG